UGCCAACAAUUAUUAAAGCUUACACCACGAAAUGUUUGAUGUUUAAAUUAAUUGCCAUGUCUCUCUGUCUCUCUCUGUAUCUCUCUCUCUCUUCUUCCCCGCGUCGAUUUCACAUUUUCUCUUUUAAGACAGCUUUGAAUCUACAGACAACUUCAUUUUUACCAAAAUUUCUGUUUCUUCAAAGGAUUGAACUUUCAUAUUUCUCUCUUGCCCAGUUCUGAGUUAUUGCAAUCAGAAGUUGUAAACACUUUUCCUGUCUCUUUCUGCUACCCGAAUUUAUCUUCUUUAGCGUCUGUCUCUUUCAGCGGACGUGUCUUGUCUCUUUAAGGUAAUUUCAAGACUUAAACUUGAAGUAUCUCUGGCCUUCUUCUGCUGUCUGUUUCAUUUUUGAAAUCGAUUUGGAGAUUAGAUCUGACUCAGCUUCGACUAAAAGCCAUUGCUUUCGCCUUUGGAUUGUUGAUUCCCUAGUGGAUGUUCUUUAUCUCUUUAAAAAGGUCCUCUCUUUUAAAUCAAUUUUUGCUGAACUUGCCCAAUUCGGAAACUUUGUUGCAAGUCUCCUCUUGGUCUCUGGUAAUCGUUUUCGCAUCAAUCCUUAUAUUGAUUUGAAUCUGUAAUCAGAUUCGAUCUUUGAUGCUAAUUUGGUAUUCUAUAGAAGACAACAUAUCUGAAUUGGGUUUCUUCGUUGGAUAGGAUAAGUGGUUAGGGAAUGAGAAAAUUGUAUAGGAAGCUGGUUUCAUUCAGAGACCCAUUUGCUAGGGUCAAGAGACAUGUUAGUUCACAUUCAGGGUUUAGAGCUUUCAGCGACAGAAAAUGGUUGUUCCCUUUUCUAGCUAGCUUGAUCAUGUCCAUUACUCUUCUGAUUUUGUUAAUUUCUGGCCAAUUCGACAACUUCUUUGGGGAAGAAGAUCAAUUACCAGUUGAUGUUGUUUCAGAGUCUAAUGACUACUUUGUAGAAUCAGAUUUCAAGCAAUCUAUGAAUUCGACGGCUGAUGUUAAUCCAGAGCCUCCUAGAUUAGCUUAUUUAAUAUCGGGAACAAAAGGCGAUAGUCAUAGGAUGAUGAGGACUUUACAAGCUGUGUACCAUCCUAGAAACCAGUAUGUUCUGCAUUUGGAUCUUGAGGCUCCACCUCGAGAACGGAUGGAGCUGGCCAUGUCCGUGAAGACUGAUCCGACUUUCCGUGAAAUGGAGAAUGUUCGUGUGAUGGCUCAGUCUAAUCUUGUUACUUAUAAAGGCCCUACAAUGAUUGCUUGUACUCUUCAAGCCGUUUCAAUCUUGCUAAGAGAAAGCUUACAUUGGGAUUGGUUUCUUAACCUUAGUGCCUCGGAUUAUCCUCUAGUAACACAAGAUGAUUUGUUGUAUGUCUUCUCAAAUCUGUCUCGGAAUGUCAAUUUCAUCGAGAAUAUGCAGCUCACCGGAUGGAAACUGAAUCAGAGGGCUAAAUCAAUCAUUGUUGAUCCUGCCCUAUACCUAUCGAAGAAAUCCGAUAUCGCUUGGACUACUCAACGGCGAUCACUUCCAAAUUCUUUCAGGCUAUUCACUGGCUCAGCUUGGAUAAUGUUGACUCGGUCUUUCCUCGAGUACUGCAUUUGGGGAUGGGAUAAUUUCCCAAGAACAAUACUAAUGUACUACACAAAUUUCGUAUCUUCUCCUGAAGGAUACUUCCACACAGUAAUCUGCAACAGCAAAGAGUUUAUCAACACUGCAAUCGGUCACGACCUUCACUACAUUGCUUGGGACAGUCCUCCAAAGCAACACCCUAGAUCUCUCUCGUUGAAGGAUUUUGACAAUAUGGUCAAGAGCAAAGCUCCAUUUGCACGCAAGUUCCACAAAAACGAUCCUGCGUUAGACAAGAUCGAUAAAGAGCUAUUGGGACGGACACACCGGUUUGCACCAGGAGGAUGGUGUGUCGGGAGUUCAGCUAAUGGCAAUGAUCAGUGCUCUGUGCAAGGUGACGACUCGGUGUUGAAACCAGGACCUGGUUCUGAGAGGUUGCAGGAGCUUGUUCAAACACUUUCCUCUGAAGAAUUUAGGCGAAAACAGUGUUCUUGAAGUUAUCUACUGAUGACGCAAAAUAUAACGUUGUACAGUAUAUUGUUUUGUUUGAUUAUAAAUUUUUGGUUAUAGAAAUUUCUUCGA